AUGAAAUUCACGGACUACUGCCUUAGCUCCGAAGGAACCGAUGUGAUUCAAGCAACAUCAAGUGAUGAAAAAUACCCGCCAGAAAAUAUCACGGAUGGGUAAGAUCUUGAUCCUGAUGAAGUAGCAGGCUCUUUCCUUGUAGCGCCUGAAUAUUGCUAUUAUAUAUCAUGAGCUUUCGUGGACUAAAGUUCACUUUUUGGUAUAUAUAUAAAAAGGUUUACUUUCAGGUUUUAUGAAUGGUUUUUUACAUCCUCAACUCGCAUAAUUAUUUCCUUUGGGUUGGAAGUAAAACCCAUCCAUUUGGUUUCCGAAAUGCUUUUAAAUAUGAACUUGAGCGUCAUGGAAGAAUAUAGUAUUUGUAGCCAGUGGUUUUUUUCCUUAAAAAAAUGUUUAGGGGUACUCUCAUUUUCCUACUCAUAUUGAAAUACUGCCCCUCAAUGAGACCAAACUUAGAUUCACAAAAUGUUUAGGGGUAUGCGUACCCCUGUGGUUCCCCCCCCUGGAAAAAAAGCACUCUUUGUAGCAUUUGUGUCACACAUUCAAAUAACCUAAGGCACAGUAUAGUUGUAAUAGGCUGCCAUACUGUAGAAUAUAGGCUGAAGGAAUUGUUCAUGGAUUUUUCACUUGUAAGAAAAUAUCAGCCCUUAGCUGGGGGUGAGAGACUAGGUUAUUUGAAGGUUGGAUUUUUUUGUUUAAUUUAUUAACGGGUAAAUCUAAAUUAUUUUUCUACUGUGAUGAAUUUGAACUCUAAGGUUUAAUGAAGAUAAGGUCAGAAGUGUACCUUUUGAAAAGCCAUGUGUCUACUCAAUAGUAAGCCCGAUUGGGUACAAUGAAUGUUAUUUCAAUGGCAGAUAUAUUUAGCUUGUCAUUAUGACAUAUAAAAACAUUUCAUAUUAAGUUGUACCUUGUCUCAAAAAGUGUAACAUAUCUAUAAUCCUGUUCUGGUACCAUGUAAAAUAUAAUAUGAUUCCCCCCCUCUAUCAUUUAAGGUCCUUGAUAUCGCUGUUUAGGGACCUUCCAUAGAAUAUCAUGGAAGAAUUCCAAAUAUAUGGUGAAAACAGUAAUACAGUUAAUGCUAACGUUUACUAUGUUAAAAUGCAACAUUGGUAUUGGAAUGUUGGAUGUCUUUAUUAUUGUAAAUUGAAUAAAAUUUCUCUGUUACAGAUAUAUCUACAAUAUAUUUCUAACAUUUUGCAUUCAUACAGGUUAUUUCACUCUCUCUUAACAGAAAAUCUGAAACCUUUUGGACAACAACUGGGAUGUUUCCACAGGAAUUUAUUAUUUGUUUUCAUAAAUGUGUAACCAUUAGCAAACUCACAAUCCAGUGUUAUUGUGGUAAGUUGAUGUUAUACAGCUAGGUUUUCAUUUCUGAAUUAGCAUCUUUUCCUGCAAAAAUAUGUGUUAUUUUUGCUUUAGGGCACAAUCCAAGCCCUCUCUCCUGCUGGUGGGCUUUUGUGUAGCAGUGGAUCUGUAUUCCGGCUUCUUGUGGCCAUUGCGGAUGGUGGGGAGAGGCAGAUGAUCAGGCCCAAAUUGGACUAGAUCACUGUGCCAGCUCCAGGUCCCAGUGCUGUUGCAUGACAUCAAUGAUUCUGGCUUGGUAUCCAUAAGAUUUAUGGCUGAUUUAGCCCUGCCCCAGCCCACCAUUUGAAGGCCCUUUUUCAGUGCCUUCCAGAGGUUACUGCCAGAAGGCAGCUCUCCACCUGUCCACCCAUUUUUGGGGGGUGUGGGGAGUGGGAAAUUGGUUCUCACAGCAGCCCUAUCCACCUGCACAUUUGGCAACUAGCAGGGGCCCGCACAACUAGCAAAGCUGAGGAACACUGAUCAGUGAGGUUUUGUGUAGGGUUCUGCGCUUCUGGUUCUAUAUAGGUUAGAGCAGCUGUGUAGAAAACUGUGUGAAUGUGGGUGCUAGUUUGUGUAUGAAAGUACAAUGGAUAAAGUACAACCACUUGUGGGGUUUUUUCACAUGCAGAGGGGAUUCAACUGAUCACAAGGUUAUAGAUACAUCCCAAAUGCAACUCAGCCUAGAUUUUCUGUGUCUUUUAACAGUUCUAUAUCUGAUACUAUCUGUGAAUUGUCAUAAUUAAUGAAAUCUUAGGCAUGAUUGAACAUUAAUAUUGUAAUGUAAAGGCUAAGUACUACUUUGUUGAUGAAUUUUGUGUGAAACUAGGCAGCCUUAACCAAGAAUUUCUUUUCUUAACACUGUCCUUAGUGCAGACAUUACGGAUUGAAAAAAGUGUGUCUAAAGAUCCAGUUGAUUUUGAAGAAUGCAUUGAAAAAGGUAAUUCUUUACUUGAUGUAACAGUUCUAAUUAGGUGGAUGAUUGCAAUUUGAUGUACAAAUCAGUUAAGGCUGCAAUCCUAUAUCUCUUAUUAGAAGGAAGUCCUAUUGAACGCAUUUGGAAUAAGUUUGCAUAUACGAAGCAGGACUAGGAUCAAAGCACACUUCUGUGAUAUCUAAGGAACCAAUGGCUGGUUCUCCACAACUUCCAGAUGCUGACUUGUUGCUGUUGCCUGCUUAUAAUUUGUUUUGUGCCAUUCAUUGAACAAUUUAGUGCGUUUUAUAUUACCCCAUCUUAUAGGGUUGUUGGUUGCUAUGAUUAUUCAGAUAUUGUAUAUGAAGUGCUUGGAGCACUUAGCAAAAGUGAUCUAUAAAUAUCUGUUACUAUUUGGAACCCAGGUGGUAAUUUCUUACCUUCCAUGACAAUAUUUUUCUGGGAAGCUAUUAAAUGUUUCCUUUGUCUAUGUCUGCAAUUGGUCUAAGAGUAUUUUUAAAAAAUAAUAUAGCAGUGAAAAUAUAGUACAUUUUGAAGGGUCUUUGAUAACCUUGGGUAGAUUAUUAUGGGAGAAGUUGCUAAUUUAAACUAUUUUAAAGUGGAUUACAUUGUGGCCCUAAUGAAGCUUGGGACAUACCAUCUACGGAGUGUGUUAACUUUAUUGGAGUUAAUUUAGAUCUUUACUAGGAUUAUGAGUUUUUGCGCUCCAGUGAAUUUUCAGAUCCAGAAUCUAAACAUCAUGUUACAUAUUAAGGUGCUGCUUGUUUGUUUUAUGUUCAGAGUUGCAACAUAAAGAAGGAGAACUUCAAACAGAAGAAUUUUCGGUAAGUAUAUGCCAUCUAGCAUUAAUGCAGUGUAUGCAAAGAGUGCAUAAUGAAUUUGUGGGGAAAUCUUGAGUUAGCAAGGUAAUGUAGACGUUAGUAGGAGCUUGAUAAAAUCUGAAGCAAUGUUUUCAUGUUCCUACUAUUAUAUAUAUAUCUAUGCCUAUGUUACAUUUAACUGCUAAAACAUAGAGGCCUUUGACAGUUCCAUAUCUGAACCAAAGUACUUUAUACUUUUGAGUGAUGACAGUUACCAUUAGGGAUUAUGAACACUGACUGGUUUAUGUAUUUUUGCACAUUUGCAGUGCAAUCCUAAGCAUGUUUGCCAAGAAGUAAGUCCCAUUAAGCUCAAUGGAGCUUACACAUCAGUAAAUGUAUUUAGGAUUGCACCCCCUGUAAUGUGCAGGAUUGUCAAUAUUCAUCAUUUUUUACAUUAACUGUAUUAUAUGUGUAUAUGUAUGAAAAGGAAUAGUCAUAAUUAUAUCUAUAGCUAUAUCUUAACACUAAAUGUGUAGUAAUUUCUCAUGAUACAACUUCUAUCAUCAUAGUUUGCUAAAUUCCCAAGCCUCUUAAAUAUUAAGCAAAAAGCAGCAAUAUAGAGGAACGCUGAUUCAGAUCAAAUUUUAAAAAAUCAAUUUGAAAUUUACUUAGUAGCCUGAUCUUGACCAUACCUGUCAUCAGCUCACUCCUGUAACCUGAUUGUAAUUUGGGGAGUUUUAUACUACGUCUUUAGUAUAGCAAGAUUUAGAUUCGGAUUCUUUCUAGCAUACAAUGGUUUAUUUUUCAAUUAACUAAGUAUUCCCAUGCUGAGUAUCAAACAACUACAGAAUACAUUUCAUCUAAAACUAAGCGAUUUCAAGUCAUAUUGAUUUCAGUUUUUGUAAAUUAAAAAAGCUCUUAAAUCUCUCACAUUGAAAUUAUUGCCAUUGAAAAAUGCUUCACUUGCACUGAAUUGUGCCCAUAGUUCUAUAACUAUUGAUGUUGUUAUUCUUAUUCUUAUUUCUUUUUGGCAGUUUCCUGAGAUCCAAGCGACGUACUUGCGAUUCAUUAUUUUGUCUGGCUUUGAUGCUUUUGUGUCAGUUCAUAGGGUGAUAGCAGAAGGAAUAACACAAGAUAGUGAAAACCAAACUUAA